AUGCAUGAACCAAUGAUUUCAGCAGGUGCUGAUCUCGACGACGACGCCAAUAUGACCGGAGAAGUGAACCUCGCCGAUCACCCCGAAGUUGCCCACCGCACCCGCCUCCAGUCGACGCUCACAAAAACUAUACUUACCCUCAAUCAGAUUGCAGCGGCCGCAUUCCAACAGGGGCAACAGGUCCUUGCUUCAGGUAGUGAUGCCUUCAUUGCUAGUAGCGCAGCUGCGGCAGAAAUCUCCUUAAUGCACAGGAAAGUCGAGGAGCUUGCGGAUGCUGCCAACGACCUUAUACAAGCGAUGGAGCAAUCAAUCUACGAACGUGUCAUCUUGCUUGGAGGCGAGAGGGGACCUGGCACGGAUGAGCUGCUAGAGUAUUUCGAUCAGCAAAUCAUGGAGAAUGUCCGGAAUGUCCUCCUUAGCUCUCGUAAUGAGGUUUGUGUAUUAUGGCGGAUUGCGGAAGAGUGUUACCAUCAAUCUAUUCGUCCUGAUGGUAGACUAGGGCUCGAGGACUACUACUAUUUGAUGGACGGGGCAGCCGAAGAGUCUGAUGAACACAAAAAUCGUGUAGAUGUUGACGAACACUACGCCGAGCUAGAUUUGGAAGCACGCGAAGCCCGCACGAUAAGAGAAAGGCAGGGAAAAACCCAUAAUUGGCUCAGCUUUUGGGUUCGAGCAUUGAACAGCUGCCCGGAUGGCCCGACGCUGUUCUUCCCACCAGCUGCUUCUUCUGCUGGAGGACUUAUGGAAGGGCCACCAUUCGAGGAUAUUCCACGCUAUCUUUUCCGGGUCUUUGACUCGAAAAGUUCUGGCAAAACCGAUGACAACAUUGUAGCAUCAGCGAUGAGUGUUUGCGGCAACCCAGAGCGCAGUAGGAUCGAUAUUUUGUCGCUGGAAACACAUAGCGCGUCGGAAAUGCUCUACAAUCACCUCGUUAAAGGCAGUUUUGACGGUAGUGCAUCCGACAAUCUCAUGUCUUGGAGCAGCUCCCUAAUGUGUGCGAUUCAAUAUGCGAUCUGGAGGUCUCAUAUCGGCAAUCUCUCUCCAGGUGAAGUUCGUGUUUGCGCAAUAGACACGGAGAAAUUUCCACCAGGGCAAUUUGUAAGAGAUAUGACACUGCUAAAGGCAUUCAACAAUACGGAAUUGAGCGAAGAUCAGAAGCAAUUUUUCCGGUUUCGUCUCGAGAAUCCAGAAUACGACAAUGGAGAAUAUCUUUCUCAAGGAGUGGUCAAUCACGGCAUUUCUCGAAGAGUGGUCAAUUUUGGCGGCCAAUCAUGCACUUUCUCACUACAAGACUUAGUAGAGGGUGGACUCUAUGAGUUAUAUCCUGAGUUUGGAGAUACCGCGUUCGGGGGUCUAUGGGAGACUCGGGUACGAGACCUUCGCUCUUCCUGGGACACUGAGCAGGAAAUGACCCGACAGGAGAUAUAUCACGCGUUCAACAUAGCAAGGAACUGCUCAGGAUCAUUGAGCGAGCUUGAUAUCGCGCUGCUGCUUCUAACUUUUAAGAACCGCAAGCUUAAAGUGCCAGAGCGCUAG